AUGAUCAAUUGGAAGCCCAUGGAGAUCACAGUUGAAGGAGAACGUGAUUCACGAAGUCGAUCUGUGAGCUCGAACAGAUCAGAGCAAGGAGUAUCACCUUGCUCCAGAGAAACUGUUUCAACUUUGAGAUCUGCAGAGGACAAAACAAGCAUCAGCAACUCCACCCCAGUUGUCAAAAAGCUUUUCUCAGAGUCUCUUUCAGUGGAUACUAAUAACGGAAACUCUAAUUCAGACAGUUCUAUAGAGAAUCCACUGGGAGGAAUGAAUCUCGAUCUUAGUCUAGAGUCAUGUGCACAUUCAUACGAACACAUCAGAGAG